CGGUACUAAGCGACGACAUUCAUUAUUAGUCAACAAAACCCACACACGUUGUGCACGUGUUAUAUUAAAGGAUCGAUUAUCGAUAAUUAUUUAUUGACAAACAACAAUGUCGCGUUUGAUUGUUAAAAAUUUGCCUAAAAAUGUCACGGAAACAAAGCUCAAAGAGCUUUUUAGCGAGAAAGGAAUAGUUACUGAUGUACAAUUAAAACAUACAAAAGAUGGGAAAUUUCGCCGUUUUGGUUUCGUUGGUUUUAAGACUGAAGAUCAGGCUAAACUUGCUCUUGAAUAUUUUGACAAAACUUGCAUCGAUACUUCCAAAAUAUCAGUGGAAUUGUGCACUGGAUUGGGUGAUGCGGCCAAACCAAAAUCGUGGAGUAAAUAUGCCAUUGACAGCUCGACGCAUAAAAAAUUAACUGAAAAUGAAUCACAGCCUGAUUCAGAAACUUUGAUUAAGGACAAAUCAAAGAAAAAUAAGAAAAAGGAAAAAAAGGAAAAGGAAAAUGCUGAAAUUGCAAAGGCACUAGCAAAGCACAAAGAUGAUCCUCUCUUUAGCGAAUUUCUGGAAAGUCAUGCAGGACCAACAGCUAAAAUGGCUUGGGACAAUGACGCGGUUAAAUCGCUUGAGAAGGCUGAUGACGAUGAUGAGAACACAGCAAACAACAUGGAUUCGGAAUCAGAAGAAUCCAUAGAUGAGGACAGAGUAGAAGGAAAUGAAGUAGAAGAGAAAAUUGCUGAUAAGAAGUUAUCCGAUCUCGAGUACAUGAAAGCACUGAAAAAUAAUAACAAAAAAGUGUCUUCUAUCAAAGAGGCUGUGGAUAAAACGGAUCACGGACCGAAAAAAUUUUUCACCGUUAAAGUUCGAGGCUUAGGAUUUAAUCACAAGAAAAAGCACAUAAAACAAUUUUUCCAUCCUCUAAAGCCUCGCUCCAUAAGGGUACCUCAAAAAAUUAAGGGAAUCGCUUAUGUCGGCUUCAAGACAGAAAUACACAUGAAACAAGCAUUAAAUAAAAACAAAAGUUUUCUCGAAGGUAAACGUUUGUUUGUUACGAAAUACGAAGCGAAAGAUAACGAAGUUGAAUUUAACAACAACGAAAAAAGUAACGGCGAUCCGAGAUGGAAAAAACAAGAAGAUGCGCUCAAAAAUGAAGAGAGUAUUGCUGAAUCGGGUAGAAUAUUUCUCAGAAAUUUGUCAUAUACAACUAACGAAGACGAAAUUAGAAAUAUUUUCGAAAAGUACGGCCCACUUUCCGAAGUUAAUUUACCCAUCGACAAAACAACAAGAAAACCAAAAGGUUUUGGUACUGUAACAUUUAUGAUGCCAGAGCACGCAACAAAAGCUUAUACAGAAUUGGACGGUUCUGUUCUCGAUGGCAGAAUGCUACAUUUGUUGCCUGGCAAAGCUAAACCAUCUGCCACAGAUUUACUUGAACAAGAUGGCUUGAGUUAUAAACAGAAAAAAGAAUUGGAGAAGAAAGCAACAGCUGGAUCAUCGCACAAUUGGAAUACACUUUUUCUCGGACAAAAUGCAGUUGUCGAUGCAAUUGCAUCGACUUACGGCACAACAAAAGACAAAGUAUUAGAGGACGGUGGUAAAGGUACUAGCGUAGCUGUGAGAUUGGCACUCGGAGAGACACAGCUGGUCGAGGCAACGAGAAAAUUUCUAGAAGAAAAUAACGUACGUUUGGAUGCUUUUAACCAAGCACCUGAUAAAAGAUCGAAAAAUAUCAUUCUCGUUAAAAAUCUUCCGUCUGAGACUCACAUUCGAGAAAUUAGAGAAAAAUUCGUUCAGUUCGGUGAACUUGGUCGUGUUGUUAUGCCACCAUCUGGAAUUACAGCUCUUGUGGAAUUUCUGGAGCCUUCAGAAGCUCGAAAAGCUUUUACCAAAUUAGCUUACACGAAAUUCAAACAUUUGCCUCUUUAUCUGGAAUGGGCACCGGACAAAAGUUUCAACGCUCCUGCCAAACCUGUUGGACAAAAACUCCAAGGAUCCGACAAGUCUCGUAUAGAAAAAAAUGCAGAUGAAAAAAAAGGUGAUUCUGCACCGAUGGAGGCCAGUAUCGAUGAAGAAGGGGAAGAUGAGGAUGAGCCAGAACCCGAUACAACGCUGUUCGUAAAAAAUUUAAACUUUUCAACAACCGACGAAUCAUUGAAAAAUUAUUUUUCAAAAUGCGGCAAACUUCAUUACGCAACAGUUGCAAUGAAAAAAGAUCCGAACAAUCCGGGACAAAAAUUGUCUAUGGGUUAUGGUUUCGUUCGAUACAAAUACAAAAUGGAUGCUGAUCGAGCAUUAAAAGAAUUACAAAUGACAGUACUUGAAGACAAAACGCUAGAACUCAAACGAUCAGAAAGAACAUUGGGCACUGACGUGACUACGACGAAAAAGACAUCGAAGAUUACGGCUCAGACGGGGACGAAAAUUCUCAUAAGAAACAUUCCGUUCCAAGCGAAUGCGAGUGAGAUAACGGAAUUGUUCAAGGCAUUCGGCGAAAUAAAAGCAGUAAGAUUACCGAAGAAGUUGGUAGGCGUUGAGAAGCAUCGUGGUUUUGCCUUCGUCGAAUAUUACACGAAAAGCGAUGCGAAGCGAGCUUUCAAGGCUUUGUGCCAGAGCACCCAUUUGUAUGGCAGAAGAUUGGCUCUGGAAUGGGCGCAGGCAGAGGAGGAUGUCGAUGACAUUAGAAAGCGAACAGCAAAACAUUUUCACCAAGAGGAUUCAGCCAAGAGAAGCAAAAAAGGAACCUUGCAGCCAGAGAACUUUGGACUGGCUGUCGAAUAAAUUUCAUCUUUUGCUUCGGCGACCCUGGGAGUAUGGCAUCGCUAAAAAAAAAAACCAAUACUCGUUUUUUAUACAUGUUCAAAAACUAUAUGUACAUUUUUUCAAAUUCGAUUUUCCAAUGUAAAUAUAGAAUUGUUGUUUGUACGAAAGAAAGUUUGUAAGUGAAUUAGCUUAUGACAUCCGCUGUAAAUAAAUAUUUAUGUCAUUACAGAUUA